AUGCCACCGAUCUCUGUUGCGAUCCUUGGUGCCGGUAUUUUUGCGCGGAUAGCACAUUUACCGGCUCUUCGCAAGCUCGGCGACACCUACGAGCUAAAGGCAAUCUAUUCACGCUCCCAAUCCUCUGCUUCCGAGCUCGCAAAAACCGCGGAGGAUAUCUUGGCACGUCCAGCGUCCUCAUUCGACCUUUAUCACGAUGCCGGCCAGAAUCUCGACGCCCUCCUGGCCCGCACUGACAUCCAGGCCGUCAUCAUUGUGCUCCCCAUCAACCAGCAGCCAUCGAUUGUUCUCAAGGCGCUCGAGGCCGGCAAGCAUGUCAUCAGCGAAAAGCCCAUCGCUCCGACUGUCAAAGAGGGUGUCAAACUCAUCAAGAUGUACGAAGCUCACUACAAGGACAAGGGACUGAUCUGGCGUGUCGCGGAGAAUUUCGAGGCUGAACCCGGUCUUCGCGCGGCAGGCAAGGCCAUUGCGGACCAGAAGAUUGGCAAAGUUUGCUUCUGGAAUAUGCAAGUCCUAAAUAACGUUGAAACGGAUAGUAUGUGGUAUAAUACGCCGUGGAGAACGGUCCCAGAGUAUCAGGGCGGUUUCCUGCUAGAUGGUGGCGUCCACUCGGCAGCUGCGCUAAGGACAGUCCUGCCCUCCAAAUUUACAGAGCUCGCUGGUUUCGCAUCAUUAAACCGCGAGCAUCUCGCGCCGCAUGACACAAUUCACGCCAUUAUUCGCAGCGAGGAUGGUAGCCAUGGCAUCUUUGAACUCAGCUUUGGACUACCCUCAUCUCCCGGCCACGACUCCUUCCGGGUCGUUGGCACUGACGGCACAUUGGACAUCAACAGAUACCAUGAAAAGGAUCCUGAGACACAAAAAGAUCAAGCGUUUAUCAAGGUGACCAUUAAGAAUGCCAAGACAGGUCAGAAAGAGGAGAUUGUCGAACGUAGCUGUGGUGUCGAGCGAGAGUUAGAAAACUUUGCGGCGCAUCUCAAUGGGCAUGAUGAUGGCCUUGGGACGCCACAGGGAGCGCUGCAAGAUGUGUCCGUCAUCCAGGCGGCCCUCGAUUCUCAUGGUCGCGGCGUGGAUUUGCAACAUCUCAUCCUUUCCGCUGACUGA